UGCUUUCAAGAGGGGUUAAUUUACAUAAAAAUAUUUGGAUAGCAAACCGUUCAUGCGAGACAAAACCUUGCUUCGCUAUCAAAGAUUAGAAGAGAUUUGUGCGCUGAAGACUUCCCCAGAAUAAUAAUCCAGAUUCUUGCAAUCUAGACAUCCCUCCAAGGUCAUUCCACAGGGGUCCUACAGGUCGAUAAUUCCGGAUAUCAUCCACGUUGUAAUGAUUGAAAUAUAAAACCUCUGUAAUACAAUACUCAACCGAUUAAAGCCCUAAAUAAUAUUUAGUCUUCUGCCAUGCCAGGCAAAGUUUCUUUGCUAGUUGGGGCACGAAAGGGGAGCACUGGAAUCAUGGACGAACUGUCUGGGCCUCGCGGCACUGAUAGUGAGAAUAUCGACGAAAUUACAGCUUGGGAAGACGUGGACUUCAAGACUUCAGACAAGAAGUGGUCAGAUCUUGACAAUGGUGAAAAAGCUAGGCAGGUUAUAUGGAUCCUCUUCAAGAUCAUCCUCUUCGCUGUAUUACUCUACUUGUUCGUUUGCUCUCUUAGUUUUCUUGGUAACGCUUUCAGACUUCUCGGUGGCCUAACGGCGGGCGAGGCGUUCGCAUCGAAUAAGCUGCUAGCAAACCCUGUGGCAGGGCUCAUGAUAGGGAUUCUAGCGACUGUACUAGUGCAGAGUUCAUCGACAACGACAUGCAUAAUUAUAGCGAUGGUUGCUUCUAAACUUAUCGAAGUAAAGCAAGCCAUCCCAAUAGUGAUGGGUGCUAACAUUGGUACAUCUGUGACAAGUACAAUGGUCUCAUUGGCUCAGGUCGGCGACAGGAAUGAGUUUAGACGAGCCUUUGCGGGGGCUGUUGUCCAUGACGUUUUCAACUGUCUAUCCGUCCUGGUAUUCCUUCCUGUAGAGGUGGUAUUUCAUUACUUAUACCACGUGACAAAUCAGAUUAUUAAAGUUAUGGACAUCAAGGCAGAUACUAACGCGCACAGAGAAUUCCUCUCCAAAAUCACAACACCGCUGACCAACCUUGUAGUCCAGCUUGACACAGAGCACGUCCUCAGAAGUGUUAUAUUAAAAGAAACACCUACAAAAGCGAAGACUCUUUUAAAACUAUGUCGUGAGAACAGAACCGUGACAAUGAACGUAACUCAGGAGUUUAAUACUACUAACGGCCUUGCAAAUUACACGGGGAGUGUAAAUGUACCAGUUGAACAGAUACGACAUUGUAACUUUCUCUUCUCUGAAACUGGUAUGUCGGACUCCACAAUCGGUGUGAUCCUUUUAGCGUUCGCUUUGAUCUUGCUUUGCACUUGCCUCGUAUGUCUUGUUAAACUAUUAGAAUCUUUAAUGCACGGGCACGUAAGAAAAGCGAUACAGCAUACAGUCAAUGCAGACUUCCCGAAGCCUUUCCAUCACUUAACUGGAUACUUAGCCAUGAUCGUAGGAAUGGCCAUGACAGUUCUGAUGCAAUCCAGUUCUAUUUUUACGUCUGUUCUAACUCCACUUACUGGUCUCGGUGUCGUGUCAAUUGAGCGCGUCUUCCCUCUGACCCUUGGCGCCAAUAUUGGAACAACAACUACUGGCAUCCUCGCUGCGAUAGCGAGUCAUGGCGACUCGUUCAACAACGCACUACAGAUAGCUCUUUGUCAUUUACUGUUCAAUGUAUCCGGGAUAAUCUUAUGGUAUCCUAUUCCAGCAAUGAGGCGUGUUCCCAUUAAGUUUGCAAAGUUUCUCGGCAACACUACAGCAAAGUAUAGAUGGUUCUCCGUCGCGUACAUCGUCUUCGGUUUCUUCCUUGUCCCGGCGUCUGUAUUCGGCUUAUCGCUGGCCGGCUGGCAAAUAUUACUUGGGGUUGGCAUUCCCAUACUCAUCCUUUCUCUGUUCAUUUUUAUUGCUAAGUUUUGUAAGCGAAAGAAGCCACGUUUACUUCCCAAAUUUGUAUGAACGAUAAGUGACAAACGAAGUGAACUCGAAUAGUUUGGAAUGCAAGAGAUGCACAUCAAACAAACUAUCUGACGCUAUAAGAGCAAUGUUUUUUUUUCUUAGGAAACACGUUUUUCUUGUAUUAGAUUGUUUGGGCCACUUUUGCAUUGUUAGCUUUCUUUGUUUAAGUACAUUCAGUCAUCAUUCCUGUUCAAUCAUCUUACUAAUAUAAUGUACAAAUAGAGUUUAUGUAGGUGUUGUUGGGUUGACAACGAACCGUUGAUUACUACAAUUAGAUUCUGUAUUUUAAAAUAUAACUUUAAAAUAUAAAAAAAACAAAAUGGGAUUUAGAAAUAAUGACACUGAAAUAAGAUUAGGUUAGUUUGAUCGUUCUAAAAGGCAACUUUAUUUAUUUGAAUAAAAAUAAAAUGUUGUUCAUUGGAUUCGA